AUGAAAGGAGGAAUUUCAAUCUCCGAGCCACUAUACAAAAUAAGCAACGAUACUCCCUUCGCUAGUCUUAGAAUUGUCGCAAUCUUGGUUGCACCUUUCAAAAGACAUGAAUUGGCGUACUGGAUGCUGUACUCUCUUCACUUAUACGUCAGGCCUUCUGGACAACAAGCUUACCCCGCCAAGACACCCUGGACCCUCAAACCCUUUUCCCCUGCCCAGAGCGGUACAGUCGUGAUACGAAGAGCUCCCGCGAAGCCAGCUCCUCAGACUACAUACCAUUUCUCUCAUAGCACCCACGUCUCGAACACAUUGCCAAUCACGAUGAAGGGUUUGGACAAGGCAAACGAUGCAUCACGUGACGGUAAAGUAGACAGAUUGCAUAUGCUAGCUUCGAAAAUUCAAUAUACUAAAGCAGCCUCGACUCUCCUUCAAACUGCCCCCCUGGAGGAUUGGGAAAAGAUAAUUAGCCCUUCAACGUGCCAGUUGGACAUCCAAGAGACAAAACACGUUCAAUAUCUUCUUUCUUCAAUAAAUGACGAUGUGCCGAAGGAAGAAGAGAUUGCUAGAUGUGCUGAAGCUAUUGAAGUUUGA